AUGUUGCUAUCGGUGCUGAAGUGCGAGGUUGGUACUUUCUUUGCCUUCCUACUGAUCUCGUCCGCAUGGGCUCGACCGGCAGGCGGAGGAGAGUGGACGAUCGGGCAAGUCCCCACUGCAGACCAUGAGGAUGCGAACCCAUGGAGCGAUGAUGAACCAUGGCACGCUUUUGAGCCCGGCUCGAGCUCCGUUGACAGCCAUGACGGAUGGGCUGGAGCCCCGUCUGCCUCCUUCUCAUCGGUUCCCGAGUGGCGAGAGGUGCAAGACUCCUACCCCUCUUUUUCCUCUUCAGGCACCGACCAAAGACCCGCUCUUACCCAUGCGGUUCAAGCCGGGCCAGAACAGCAUCCGGGUAUGUCCGCCUGGCAGCAAUCGCCAGAGCAACAUCAUGAAUUGGGCGCCCCUCAGCAAGCUUCAGGACAGUCUCCUGGACUGAGCACCUUUCAGCAAGCUGCUGAGCAGCAUCCAGAUAUGUCGGCUUCUCAACAUCCUCCAGAGCAGUAUGCCCGGAUGCACACCUUUGGGCAAGCGCAACAUCGACUUCCUGGAGCGUCCACAUCUCAGCAAGCACCAGAGCAACUUUUGCACACAUCCGUCUCUCAGCAAGCUUCAGAACAAGCUCAGCAGGCUCCAGUGCAGCGUUUUGGACAGGUACCAGGCUGGCUCGACCCACCGAACACGCCCAGCUGGUUCUCGGAGGGAGCGGAUCGUCUCCUGGGCAUCAGUCCGUUGAGGAUCGCUUCGGCGCAGUCGAUCUUUGAUUGGAAACGAAGGGAAUGGGAGAAGUGGAGGAACAACAUGCGACUGGCGAUGGGCCGUCCGCAGCUGCGGAUCACGCCCGUGGACCUGUCACACGGAGGGUAUGAUCGGGUAUUCAUUGCCUCCGAUGGGGAUGCUGUUCUUGGGGCAUAUCCGAGUCUUGAUGCACUCCAGCAGGCAGCCCGAACCUUGCGCAGAGCUCCUCUCUUGCAGCUGUCGGAUGCGCCGGGCAGAUUGGAGGACGAGAGGGUGAUGCGGCAAGUGCCCAGUGACUCGCGCAUCUACAUCUACCUCAACAGCCGCCGAAACAUGGAUUUGAUCAACCGCGAUUACUUCCUGGGUCAUGCACAGUUUCUGCCCAUCCAAAGAGACGGACUCGAUCGGAGCACUCUCAACAGGGUGUUUGGCAACCCGCGCAACCAGUUUGUCUUGCCUCCACGCGAACCGGGGGGACUUCCGCUGGUGGUGAUGCGCCACUCCAACCGUGCCCACGUCGGUUCAAGUAUGAUGGAAGCCUUGACUGGCAGAUUGGGCGAAAUGAAUCUCAUGUCGCUCUGGUCUCCCAUCCUUAGCGACGGGCGAAGAUUUACGUCGGUGCUGUACGGCAUUGUCAGCUUUGACGCCAGGUACACCUUCGAGGUUCAGCAACAUCUGCGUGCGCACGCCCGCAGUCAGAAUGUCGACGACUACGCCUUCAUGUAUACGUUCCGCUCGGCGCUGGAACAUGCUCCGCGCUGA